UCAUUAAUCAUUUAAUUAUAAUCAUUACAUGAUUCUAAUAAAUAAUAAUAACAAUUAGUGGCAGUAGUAUAAAACGGAAUCAUUUCUCUUCACAAGUAUAUAAUGUUGGCAAAUUUUCGGCAAAAUUUUCUCAUUUUUCCUCAAUGAAGUAGAUAUUCCUAGUCAAUCAUAAGGCAAUAACCAACGCCUUACAUAUCUUUUUUUUUCCUCCUUUCCCUUCCUCUCUGAACUUUGCUUCUGCUUUUCUGCAAGAUCUUCACUUUUUACAUCCAAAACGAUUCAAAGCAGGAUGCUUUUAUUCAAUCCUCUCACUUUACAACCAACUCUAACCUUAUCUCCAAAAACCCAUUACUCCCCUUCACUUUCAUAUCUCAAAAAGCACACAUCUUUUUUCACCGUACCAAACUUUCCCAACAAAGGAAAUAACCCAACAAGAAGAAAACUUUUCAUGGUCCAAGCUAAAGGUGAUGACUCAGCUGAUGGUCCAGACAGGCUGAUUUCAGCAAUAUGUUAUUUUUAUCCUUUCUUUGAUGGCAUACAAUAUGGCAAGUAUGUUAUAACACAAUUCUCUCCAAUUCAAGUGCUUAUACAACCACUUUUCCCAGCUAUUAAAGUGUUCAAAAGCUUUCCCUUAAAUGGGUUUUUAGUGUUUUUAACUUUGUACUUUGUGGUUGUUAGGAAUCGAAAUUUUAGUAGGUAUGUGAGGUUUAACACUAUGCAGGCAAUCGUGCUUGAUGUUUUGUUGAUAUUUCCUGAUCUCCUGGAGAGGAGUUUCAAUCCAAGAGAUGGGUUGGGUUUGGAUUUGGUGAUGAGCCUGGAUAGCACUGUGUUUUUGUUCCUUUUGGUUUGUUUGAUUUAUGGUUCAUCUUCUUGCUUGUUCGGGCAGUUACCAAGAUUGCCAAUUGUUGCUGAAGCUGCUGAUAGGCAAGUUCUUUGAUGGCCUUUAUUUGGUUAUUGAUGUUUAAAUUGAGAUUUAAUUGUUAGAAAUUUUGGCAUCUGGAUUUAGUUGGCCAAAAGAGAAGCAAGAUAUACAUCUUUUAGAUGCUUUCAUUAUUGUUUUAUGUUCAAUUUAGUUUCUCAUUGUUGGUUUUUAUGUUCAAUUUAGUUUCUCAUUGUUGGUUUUCUGUCUCUCUCUCUGGUUUUAAAGUUGGAUAAGAUUAGUGGAAUUGUAUAUUGGCAAAUUUGCUAGCUACACUGCUAAACUGGGAAUGAUUUGCAAAUUAAGUGGUUUAUUUCUUGUUUCAUUUGGCAUACUCUGAAAAUGUGCAAUGAGUUCCUUGAGCAUUUUAUCCUAGUCCAAGGGCCAGCUGUAGUUCACAUUUCACAAUCCACAAAGAUUAGGCCAUUUCCUAUAUAGAUUCUGGCUAUUUCAUUAUUGCUUUUUGUUAGAUUUGCUGUGGGAGACUAAAACCCUUCUCCAUUCUCCUUUAAGAUAAAAUUGAAACACAGUUUUGGGCAUUUUGCCAUUCAAUAUGAUGACCCGAAGCUUUAAACCAUUGCAGUUGCUGAUAAUCUGAUAUAAUUUAACUAAUUAAAAACAAAUCCAAGCAUGCUUAAACCCCCAAGAUAUUGGGAGCUAGAGAGGAGAUUUCAAGUUUAAUGCUCUAGUUUAUUACUCUUGAAAGGUGCAUCCAUUGAGAAGAACCAUCUGGCGUCCGAUAUAAUAUCAAAUAAAGCUUGGGUGAUUUCUGUAUUUUCAGUUUCCUCUGCUAUGUUAUUUCUUCAUCUUACAACCUUUCCUUUGGUUUCUUGUUUCUAUUUUGUGAUAUGCAAUUGAGCUUAACUGAAGAGAAAUUAAAUACAUUAUACUAUUAUUUUAUUUUUUUAA